AUGUCGAUUACGAGUGCAGAUGCUGCUGUGCGGCACGACAAAGGAGCGAAGAAGGAGCAAGUGGAUUACUCUCUUUAUCCACCAUUUAUCAAGCAGUUAGAUGCAAAAUUACCUGAUUAUACAAGAGAGGGCGAUAUCGAAUAUCCGUUUGAGGAAACAACUGGAAUUGGAGAUGAGAAUAGAAUAAGAGGAAAUUGGAGUAACAAAUCCGAUUAUAUUCUUGCUUUAAUAGGAUUCACUGCUGGAGUUGGUAGUUUUUGGAAAUUUCCAUUUCUCAUCUUUCAAAAUGGAGGUGCUGCAUUUUUAGUACCAUAUUUGGUAAUGCUGAUAUUGGCAGCAAUGCCAGUUUUCUUCACAGAACUUGUACUGGGUCAAUUUUCUUCAUUAGCCGCCAUCAGCGUCUGGAAAGUUGUUCCUAUGUUCAAGGGUAUUGGCUAUGCGCAAGUAACAUUUUCGGGUUUCUUCGCCAUUUUCUUCAAUGUGAUUUCCGCAUGGGCGCUUUUCUAUCUGAUAAACUCAUUCUGUUUUUCUAUACCAUGGUCGAAUUGCGCAAAUUCGUGGUCAGGAGAAAAUUGCACCCUGGGAACCCGCAUCCAAUGCAUGGAAAUGAAUGGAACACUACUCGUCAAUGGCUCGUGUUAUGUUGAACAGUCGUAUAUGAACGAUUCCAAUGUGAUUCCGUUGCAUGACUUGGAUUCAAUUCCUAGCCUCAAAUAUUUCCAUAGCGAUGUGUUGAUGCUUUCGAAUGGCGUCGACGAUUUUGGAGCAUUGAAUUGGUAUUUGGGUCUAUGCGUUUUGGUAUGCUGGAUUGCAGUAUUCCUCUGCUUGUUCCAAGGUGUCAAAUCAAGUGGAAAAGUUGUCUACGUCUCCGUAAUUCUUCCAUUCAUUAUCAUAACUGUUCUUUUGACAAGACUUCUCACUCUUGAUGGUUCAUUUCAGGCAAUUAUUCAUUUUAUGAAUCCCAAUUGGAAGGUUCUAAAAGAUUUGAAGGUAUGGGGAGAAGCUGCUGUUCAAGCAUUCUAUUCGGUUUCCUGCUGCUCUGGAGGUCUCUACACAAUCAGUAGUUACAAUCGAUUCCACAACAAUAUCUAUAGGGAUAUCAGUCUAGUUUUAACAAUUGAUGUGAUUGUCUCGCUUAUUGGAUGUGUUCUAACAUUUUCGGCAAUUGGAUUUACUUGCUUUGAGUUUGCAAUUUCUCUCGACAAAUUUCACAUUAGAGAUGGCUUUCAUCUAGUAUUUGUGUUCCUUGCCGAAGCAUUGGCAGGUGUUCCAGUAGCACCGCUUUACGCCGGAUUGUUUUUCAUAAUGGUUCUUCUAGUGGUUCACGCUACACAAAUGUUUGUGGUUGAAACCAUUGUCUCCUCUCUUUGUGAUGAGCAUCCAGAAAGAUUGCGAAGAAAUCGAAGGCAUGUUUUGACGACAGUUUGUGCACUUUUUAUUCUUCUCAGCAUUCCAUUUUGUUUAUCUUCGGGUUUAUAUUGGAUGGAAAUCUUGUCACAGUUGGUUCUCACCUGGCCAUUAUUGGUGAUCGCAUUCCUAGAGUGUAUGGCGAUCAACUGGAUUUAUGGUGUGGAUAAUCUUCUGGAUAAUGCGAAAUGGAUUGUUGGGCAUUGGCCGCCGUGCUAUAUCCUCUGGAAAAUUCUGUUCAAAUUCGUCUGUCCUCUUGUUUAUCUGUCUAUCUUGUGUUUUUUGUGGCUGGAUUGGCGAGCCAUCUCGUAUGAAUCCUACGAAUUUCCUUAUUGGUCGAUUGUUGUUGGUUGGUCACUUGGCGCGAUUCCACUUCUAAUGAUUCCCGUUGUCGCCGUUUGGCAAUAUUGUAUUGCGAAAGGAAAUAUCACUCAAAAGUGGUGGAAGAUUCUCUAUCCGGACGAUGCUUGGGGACCGGCAUUGGCGAUUCAUCGCGCUGAGAAAUUCCCGCUUCAAAUUCCAGAAGCUAGACGUUUGUUACUACCACCUGAAGUUGAGAUUGUCGGAAAUAGAGAAGGACAGUUGCUACAUUGUAGUGGUCUACGCGAUUUGAAUAAGAUAUUACAGAACGAUGAGGACUACGAUGUGGGCGGUGCGCGUUCUUCGGAUUACGGCGGCGAUGCUCGUUCUCUUCGCUCGACUGUCAUCGGAAAUGAAUGGCCUUGGAAGCACUUGAAAACGAGUGGAAAAACAAUCACGGAGGAUUUCCACAAUUUGGAGAAAAUCCACGAUGAAUAUGUACAUAAAAUGCGCGAACUCGGAAAUGUGCAAACGGCGAGCACGAAAGCGUUGAAACAUCAUAAUUAUCUGAUGAAAGGAGUUGCAGAACUGAUUCGAAAAGCUGAAAAGGAAAUAGAAGGAAUGCCGAAUGAGCCAACAGCAGAUGGGACCGAGUCGUUGAAGGAUACGUCGGCGGGAAAAGUGGACCGAAUCAAACAAGAGAUCGAACUUUCGCGGGUCAAACUCAGAGAUAUGCAGGCGGAAUUGCCGGCUCAGGACAAAGGAUUCUACCUCAAUUUGAUCCUUGGAUCCAACCUCAAUGUAUCACUUUUAACGAAAUGUGAAAGGUUCAAAUAUAAAAAGGAAUAUGAGGAUUUCAAAUAUAAAAUUACUGUGGUCAUAACUGUUCUGACGGCGAUUUCCUUUUUGUUUCCUUAUCGAGUUCUCGAUAUGAUCCUCUGCUUCGUUAUGGUUUGGUAUUAUUGUACACUGACUAUUCGCGAAUCAGUGCUUUGUGUGAACGGAUCGCGCAUAAAGGGCUGGUGGUUGACUCAUCAUUAUCUAUCGUGUGCGGUUCCUGGAAUCAUAUUGACUUGGAAGGAAGGAGAAUGCUAUCAGGAAUUCCGUCUCUAUUUCAUCGCGUUUAUCACUUAUAUAAGUUUGGUGCAACUUGCCCAAAAUCAAUAUCAACAGGGAUGUCUUCGACGUUUGCAUGCCCUCGGACAAGGCCAUCAGAUGGAUAUUACCGUUGAAGGAUUCACGUCGUGGCAAUUCAAAGGACUCACGUUCUUGUUGCCAUUUUUAAUGGGAGGAUAUAUUUUCCAAUUGUUCCUCACAAUCAAGCUAUAUUUCGCUGCUUAUUGGGAAAUAUGUGAUGGAAUUUGGCAGAUUCCUGCUCUCUCCGUUUUGUUAGGUAUAAUCGGCGGUGGAAAUUUGAUCACCACGAGCAUGGUUUGCUUCAAAAAGUUCAAAACCACACCAUCAUACGCGAACAUUGUCACUUUGACGCGAAAAUACAGCUCGCGUCAUCGAAUGCGCGACGAGGCGAAGAAUUCGGCGGACAAGUCGAAUUAA